AGAAGAAGAAGAAGGAGAAGGAGGAGGAGGAAAAGUAGUAGAAGAAGAAGAACAGGGUGCAGUGUAAUCAUGGCCACAGCUGACGGCGGGGCGAAGCCCCUUCAGAAUGCUAUGAAAAUGGCUAAAGUAGCAAUACAGCUGGACGGAGAGAGCAAACACAAGGAAGCUUACUGUGAAUACCUCCGGACGAUCAACUACAUAUCACAUGCACUUUUGGAGGAAGCGGGUUCGCAAGCCUCGGAGGACGGGGACGUAGUGGAGGUGGAGCGGAUGCUGAGGCUGGCCGAGCAGUGUCUGGAGCGAUCCAAGUCAUUCGUGGGGAAGAGAGCCGCGCCCCCCACGAAUGACGAAUGCCCCGCCACCAUCUCCGCUUCCUCUUCCUGCUCACCUGGCCAAUCGGAGCCCCGGGAGACCGCUCUCCGCCCAGCUGCCAUUGCAGCAAACGCCGCCGUCACAGCCGCUCCAUCUGAGACUCCUGUUCAAGUGACGAGCAGCCCGGCCAAGACCGGUCACCGCAGGGUGCUGUCCAAUGGCGGCGGUGAGCUCUCCCCCUUCCUGCCUCCCGAAGUCUUCCAGAGACUGCAGACAGUGGAGUCACAGGACACGAGCAAAAAGGAGCUGACGCCCAUUGAAGAAGCAUCACGUUUGAAUCAGAAGUUGAAAGCCAAUUAUGAAGCUCGUCUGGCGAGGCUCCCACCUGGUCGGGCCUACCAAAAGACGUCUUUGACGCUGUCUCUCCAGCGGCAGAUGAUGGAAAACCUCAUCAUCGCCAAAGCCAGGCAGGAUGCUCUCCAGCGGAAGAUGGAGGAGAGAAGACUGAGGCUACAGGAGGAGGCCAACAGGAGAUUUGCAGCAUCUGGGGCGAUGACAGCAGAGGAGCAAGAGCAGCGCAUUCUCUACACCAAUGUGCUGGAAUAUGAGCAAGACCAUGAUUGGCCCAAACUGUGGAAAGCCAAUAUGAGGAAGAAUCCUGACGAUGACACCUUGGUCUCAGGUCUAGUCUCCUACCUGCUCAGCCGGUCGGACCACCCAGUGGUGAAGCUGUUGAGGAAACACCAGUACCGGGUCUACAACAGGCUCUACCCCAUCAUCAGUAAAGGCCUCCCCCACAGUCCUGCACUGCCGCUGAGGCAUUCUUGCAGCACCCACAAUCUGCUUCAUCCAGAGACCCAGACGAGGCCGACCAGGGGCAGCAGCGUCGGUGGCCACAGCUUCACCAUGGGCUUGUCGCCCUCCCCCUCGCGCUCUCACGACCUGCACGCCGCCUCUGACGACGAGGAAGGGGAGCACGAGCAGGCGAAUGUGGAUCGGGAGAACUCGUUCGAGGAUCUGGAGCACUUCCUGACCCAGUUGGACUGGGCCCCGCUCCACGGCAGCACGGAUGACCCCGGCUUUGAUUCAGAGCUGACCUUCGACCCCUCCAUGCAGCCCGAGCAGGACGAGGACAACGUGCAGGAGCUGGAGAUUAGGGCGCUGACGGAACACCUGAAGGUCGUUGUCAAAGACAUUCACAUUGCAAUUGAUCAGCUUCUUUCACUGUGUUUGCUGUCCUUUGAGUGUCUAAACACAGCCAGCUCUAAAGACCUGUGCCUCGCCAGCAUAGAGGAGGCCUUCUUCACGCCGCUGUGGAGUGCCCUGGUGGCUCUUUUCAGGAAGGUCCACAGAGAAAGGGAGCAGGCCUUUGAGGCGAGUAUGAAGCUGUAUCAGGAUGCCUCGCCAGCGGCUUUCGGCGUUCCCUUGAAACUGUUCCCCGGAGACCCCGGCGCACUGCAGGGUUCCUACCCCUACGAGUCUGCUGUUCAGGAGCUCAAGCUUCUCAUCAAAGACUGCUGUCCGCAGAGGAAGUUGGAAUGUAUUGUUCGGACAUUGCGGCUUAUCUGUGCCUGCGCUGAGGAUUACAGGUGCCUUCAUGAUGUGGACUCCUCCCCAAAAACAGCCGCCAUAGGCGCGGAUGACCUGUUGCCCAUCCUGUCCUUCGUGGCUCUGCGGUGCCAGUGUCCUCAGCUGGUGUCCGAAUGCGCCGCUCUGGAGGAGUUCAUUCACGAAGGCUAUUUGAUCGGAGAGGAAGGCUACUGUCUGACCUCCCUGCAGAGUGCCUUGGCCUAUAUCGAGUCACUGCACACGGGAGGAGCUCCUCAUCCUGCAGACAACCCCUUUUGAAAACGGCCACUGCGGUCCGAUGAGAUCCUCCUGCCGGCUCAUCCCGACUUCCCCGCUGCGCUACAGAGACCACAGCUGGACCUGCAGCUCCUCCAUGCAUGUUAUCUUGUACACGCAAAGACGUACUGUACAUUUAACGAAAGGACUUCCUUUGGCUCUCUUUGCAGGGCCAAACCCCGCCUCAGGGUCUCCAAACCAAUCGGACCUCUGAGGAUGUGCUUUCAAACUGUAAGGCACCCUGGAUGGUUAAAGGGACUGUAUGGGGGUGGUGUCUUCCUGGGGAAACCUUUUGAUGAGGGAAGCCAUUGAUAUGAAUGCUUCCAAAGGAAUGCCUGCAAUAUGGUUUACUAAUGAGGGAACGUAUUUGUAAACCUUAUUGCAAGUGCUUUUCUUCCCCGAGUGAAGAAGCCAACCACGCAUGCUUCAACUGCAUUUUGUUAUACUCAGAGUAUGGUAGUAACAUUGUAUUUGAUUAUACUACCUGUGGCCUAUUUCAUGUUUUCCUUUUUUACAAAAAAAACAUUCAAACUUAUCAUUUAAGACAGUGGUUGCAUUUCUUUGUGCGAGUGUAUGUGUUUUUUUUAAGACAUCCAAAUGAUAAAUACAAAAUAAGAUGCACUUUGGGUAUUUGAACCACUCUGGGGUGAGGCUACACUGGAGGAAGACUUUCCGUUGACCCAGAUCUCUUAGCCUCCGGGUGAGAGACGGCCAUCGUCUGAUGUGAGACACUGGAGGAGCACAGGCAUCUCUGUUCACGUGGAACAGCACUGUCAGCAAUGAGGCACACCGAAUAGGGUGAGGUAGUACUUUAAGGUAGGUAGUAACACAGUUGCACUUUAUUAGGUGGUCCACUUUAUGUGUGUGUGUGUGUGUGUGUGAGAGAGAGAGAUGCUUGUAAGACUAUUGUGUCCAGAGGCCACAGGGAAACUGUUUUAGUGCCUAGAUUCUAAAUCCACAAACCGUCAUGAUAUAAGCUCAAAGGUCACCUCAUUAUUUCUUCUUUUCACUGCUGUGUCAAUGCUUCCAUUUACAUCUCCAGUUUACUCAAAUUCACAACCAUAGAAUGGGAGCUAAAUGGCCACCUAUAUAUUUGGAAAUGGAAUAUCCACCUGUAGAUUUUAGGGUGCCUAGAAAAUAUCAUAGACUGAUGUUUGUCCAAAAAAUAUACAUACAUUUGUCGUUGAAGCCGUUUGGUUUUAAAUGUCGACACCAAAGUGGACGUUUACUUGAACAGAUCUGGUGUUACAUUUUUUAUAUCGUUUUUAGCCCGUUAUCCUCCAGUAGAUGAUGGUCAGUGAUUUACAUUCUACUUGAGGUGGAAUAAAUUGGCGGCUAAAAUAUGCAAAACAUUUUGUGUUGAAGACCUUAAGCAGACUUUUCAUUCGAUGUCAUCCAGUUUUAUAUGUUGUCAUUUUAUUAUGUUCGGUUUGUUUGUUUGAAUUUAAUAUUUAAAAUUUUAUUUUUAUUUAGCAUGGGUCCAAAAGAUGUCCUGAAACUGUUACGGAGUCACUCCCUAUUGUUUUGUGACAUGAACACCAAAAACAGACUUAUGUCUAUGUAAUAAAUAUGAACACUUAUAUUGAAAAGAAUAUUUUCCAAAGUGGAUUAAGCCACUACAUUCAUUUCAAUGUCAUGUACAUUUUGCAUUGCUUUUGAACACUGGAAAUAAAUGUUGUUAAUCAACUGUUUUACUGUGAAAGGUGGGGAAUGUAAGAAUGGGAUCGAUGAACUUAUGUUUGAGAAAUGGGUAAAUAAAGAACAUAACUAUUUAA